UGUUCAAAUCUAUUAACGCGAGGGAACGGGUCGUUGACAACCUAUCCAGUUAAAACGAAACAGUAAGUUAAUCGUAUGACAUAAUAGUCUAAGUUUCCUCCGGUGAUCCACGUGACUGGCAGUGAAACAUGUUUUCAUGUCCAAAGAGCGUCCUUGGACUUGACUCAACUUUGAACAGCUCGGCGGUCAUUUCAGAUCUUGCCGACGCCAGUCGAGUGGCCCAGACAGCCUCGGAGAUGUGUGACGCGGUGUCCCUGUCCUUAGGUUUGGGUUCGGAGCAAGACAGAAAUCAUCAACUAUACGGAUCCACUGCGCCCUCGGAAGUAGGCUCACUGAGUCACGGAAACAGUUUCUUCGGGACGUCACUGUCAGAGUUCGGAGGCAAAGCAAAAAUGACAUUAGAACUAACUAGCCAACCGUCGUUCGAUUAUUUUGGGACAUUGAUCGAGGAAUGCCGGGACUUGGAACAAUCAAGUUGCGUGGAUCGCCUUAAAUUCAAUGCAAGGGAUAGCAACCGUAAAAUGACGUACGGCCGAGAGCAAUCCCGAAAUGUCUGCGAGGAGUCGUAUGUGCCAAUGAACGCCUUGGUUGAUAAAUCAACGGCCCCCUUUCAACCGGACUUGGCUUACAAACCUUCAAACUACAGAAACUCCACAAACCCUUUACUUUGCGACAAUACAUUGUGCUUUAAUGAUCUACGAAAUAGCAGCCAGAUCACCGAACCAGGGCCAGAAGGAUCCAAUGGACCCUGGUACGCUGCAUUUUGUGAUUACAUCCAGAGUUCGUCUCUAGGACACUGCAAGCCUCUCUCAGACGCUGACGGCAGCGGAAUUACUGAGGCGCGCGGGACAGCGGACGCUGAUAAUGAGCAUAUGGAAAGUUCUAGUGCAAUGAUGCAUCCCCGGAGCAUGUAUACAAAACCGUGCUCUAUCAAGACCGAGCAGCAAGCUUGGGUGGAUGUAACAAAUUCCAAUCUAAGGUUUGAGGGUGUGUUUCCUGGUAUGAGGGUGUUCCUCUCAGAGAAGAGGGUGUGCCAGGUGUGUGGUGAUGUUGCCUCGGGCUGUCACUAUGGCGCCGUUACCUGUGGCAGCUGCAAGGUGUUCUUCAAGAGAGCCGCCGAAGGUAAGCAGAAUCACCUGUGCGCCAGCCGCAACGACUGCACCAUCGACAAGCUGAGGCGGAAGAAUUGCGCUUCCUGUCGGCUGAGGAGGUGCUUCCUGGCUGGGAUGAGUCUCAAAGGCCAGAGGCUAAAAGGCCUUAGCCAACCGAGGAUUAAACUGGAGGGGGAGCAGAGUGCUGGAGAAGAGAGAAGGAAAAGGAAAAAGGCCGGAGAGCAGGAUGGAGUCCCUGACUCUAAUGCUACAGUUACCCAGGCUCAAUCGUCCAUUUCCGUCCUUGGCCCUUUGCCCAACAUGCAGUACCACCUGCCUCUACUGAGCGUGCUCCUGACCAUCGAGCCAGACAUGAUCCACGCGGGUCAUGACCCCGCCCAGCCGGAUUGCCCCUCCUCCCUCCUGAGCAGCCUUAACGAGUUGGGAGAAAGACAGUUGGUCUCAGUGGUACGCUGGGCCAAAGCUAUACCAGGUUUCCGUGACCUGCAUGUGGAGGACCAGAUGUGUGUCAUCCAGUCCUCCUGGAUGAGUGUGAUGGUGUUGGGCCUGAGCUGGCGUUCCUACACACAGACUGACGCCUCCAUGCUCUACUUUGCACCCGAUCUGGUCUUCAACGACCAGAGGAUGCGUGCGUCCAGCAUGUAUGACCACUGUGUGCAGAUGUGCCUGCUGUCCCAGAUGUUUGGCGUGUUGAGGGUGACCAAGGAGGAGUUCCUGUGCAUGAAGGCCCUGCUCCUCUUCAGCGUCCUCCCAGUCGAGGGUUUGAAGAACCAGCAUGGCUUUGACCAGCUUCGGACCUCCUACAUCCAGGAACUGGAGCGUCUGACCAGCCAGAGAGGAGAGACCACACGCACCCAGAGACUGUUCCAUCUCACCCAGUUACUGGACUACCUGCAGCCGAUUGUGAGGAAGCUCCACCAGUUCACCUAUGACCUUUACAUCCAGGUCCAGUCUCAGCCCAUGCGGGUCAGCUUCCCAGAGAUGAUCGCCGAGCUGGUCAGCAUGCAUGUGCCAAAGGUCCUCACAGGCCUGGUGAAACCCAUCCUCUUCCACAAAGCACUAUAACUAUGUACCGGAGUUGGUCAGAGACCUUAGACCCUGAGAGAGUCCUCUUGGUUUAACAAUACAUAAGAAGGCUUUGUGAGUUAGGUUUUUGCAUCUGAUUCCAGAUAGGUACCUGAUGCAGGUGUAGGGCUGAAUUAGGAGGUACCUGAUUCACUGGCACAUGGAUUCCAUGACAUUGCAUCUGAAUGAGGUAACCAAGUUGACUUGGUUAAAACCCCUCCUCAGCAGAAAUUCUGCGUUAUUGAAAAGCUUGCUUUUCCACGCUGUAGCUGGCCAGAGCGGUGUAUUUAGGGGUGGUUGUCGCAUUAGUCAGAGGCCCCCCGAGUUGCAACGGUAGAAUGUUCAGAUCAGGAGGAGGCGAUGCGAGUGGAGGAUUCCUUUCCCCCGGUUGGAAUCAUUGAACUUGGAUCAUCGUCUUCGAUCCAUCAGACCCACACCCUCUAAGGGGGGGGGGGGGGUCACAAUAGUUGGAGAGGAAGACUUGAGGAAGACUCUGGAAUUCAAAGCUGUCUUCCUGUAAAUAUGGUUUUGAACUGCUUUUAAUGUCCCGUUUGAUAUGCUUUUGUUUCGUCUUUUAGGGGCCAAGUUUUGGGAGUGUUUUAGUAUUGUAUGAUAUCUGUUUUACAGCUUUCACACAGUUGUGCAUGGAGGAGACCAAAUCUGUUUGCAUACUCUCUUGUGUUCAAAAUACAUCACAUUUGGUCUCUUCCAACCACUGAAUUUAAACCUGUGAUGUCCAUUAACAAAAAUUAAUUAACAAAUUAAUUUGUUAACUAACAAAAAGCGAAAUCAGUAACUUUUGAGUUUAAAUUAUUUUACAAGCUCCCAUGCGCGCCAUACGUAUUUAGGUUUAUGUCACGGCAACUGCCUUUAUAAUUGGCUACACCAACGAUAUAUUUUGUAUUGGUUUGUUUCAUUCUUAUUAUGAAUGGGUUAUUUGACUAGAUAUAAAUGUAUGAGUGUGCAUUUAAAAUGACUGGUUUUCCUCGUACAUGUCUUUUACAUGCUCGGGUAAGAUUACACUGAGCUUGUCGGAUUGAUAUGGUAGUUGCUUUUGCACUAGGACAAAAGUGAGUGACUUUCAGUAGAGAUGAACAUGCUCAGGCAUGUCAGAGUAGCCUCUGGGGUCAGUUGUGUUCACUUUGAUUGUGGUUAACUCCACUGCCUUAUUAUUAAUUGAACAGUUGUUCAGUGCUUGCAUUGAGAUUUGUGUGGUGAUCAAGCAAAGAAAUUAUUCUCAAUUAUGUCCAAGAUAUGGCAUUGACUGUUUUGUACUCUAGAAUUAUGGUAUAUGCACGUUUUCAGAGUUGGAGAUAUUAUCAACAUGUUUUUUCCCGGCAUCAUCUUAAGCAGUCCUCCAGUCGUGGACGAGCAAUCCCAAUUCCCCGGUCUUCCAUGAGUUUCAGCCAAUUGGUCAGUCUUAAGUGUCACCCUGACGACAGGAGCUCCUAUAGUACAACAGUACUGAAGGUUUUUCUGUAAACACUUGUGCGCAAAUCGCUAUUCUUUUUUCUACUUCAUAAAAAGAAAAGAAUCUCUAUCAAUCCCACAUACAAUUGACUUGUAGCCUUCAUAGUAACGAUUGUUUAUAGUUUGUAAGUAUUUAGCACCAACUGCAUGUAGCUGCAAUGUAUAAAUCUUGAUAUACCAGAGCAUGACUUGUUUCUUUCAAGUACAUCCAGCUGUCGCCCUACAAACAACUCCUUCUCCGCACCACGGCCGUUCUCAUAGGCUGCUGAGUGAAGGAGGUAAACAGCUACUGAGUCCAAAGCCCGCCCCCUCCAAAACACGCCCACAUGUACAUGACACCACAGAAGGCAGCAGACCCUAGCAGAUCAAAAAUACAAUUUCAUUUUCAAUCAAAAAUUGAAAAUGUUGUGAAAGGUAGCAAUUUUUGCAACUGGGUCAGGGUUAGAUAACGUCAAGUUAUCAAACUCACAAACUCCAUUUUGAAGUGCAACUUCCUUCACAUUUGUGCUGGGGCUAUAGCUGGACCCUCCUCGUUUAUUUGGAUGUCCGGGUCUCAUGACAAGGUCAGAGAGUGAUCAUCCAUUUUGUUAAAGCUGCACUUUAUGAAGGUAAUAUUAGAAAAUACGUUCAAAAAAUGAGAGACAGCGCCCCCAAUCAUUGUCUGAGCUUCCGUGCUCUCCCCUAACUUGGAGUUAGAUUAACAGUGUUUUAAAUAAGCCUCACUGAGCUAACUCUCAGAGGGCCUCAUUAUCUUACGCAAUAUGUUUAUAAGAGACAAAACUUUUUUUUACUGACAAUCUUAUCUACCUUACCUUUAAGUAUGGUCUGAGCACGCAUUCAAAGAGGGCUAUAUUAGUCUUUCUCUUGUUUAUCUUCAUCUGGUUGUGUUGAAGCUUUGCUUGUGAGUAACACAUUAAAUAAUACAAUUACAGUUCUUAUAUAAACACAAUGUAUUAUAAACAUAUUUUUUAUGUUCUUUGGAACUUAAUGUUCCAAAGAACAACAUGUGUGUUGUUGUUAGUGUAAAGAAUGAGAAAAGGAAAGUGUAACUUCUCUUCUCUGACAACCGUAAACUCGAACAACAUGCAACAGACUCGCAGUCCAACACUAUUCUUCUGCCUUACACCGUUACUGCCACUUACUGGAGGGUAUAUUUAGGUUUGCAAUGAAUGGUAAAUACCACAUAUUUCUUCAAUAUAUACAUCUGGCAGUAGCCAAACAGCAUAUAAUAUAAACUAAGAUAGAGAGCACUUUUCCCAAUUCAUCUCACUCCAUCUGCUCGUAUUGAGUCCUGGAGAAGCUUUGCUUGUGAGUAACAUAUUAGAUAAUACAAUUACAAUGACAUAUUAUAUAAGCACAUUGUAUCAUGAUAAUCUUUGUCUUUGAUGUAGUCUGCCAUUGCAUAACAAACAUGUUAUGUUAUUUUUGUUAUUCUGUUUUAACCAUAAAUCCUGUCCUCUGUCCUUCAUGCAUCAGAGAGACUUUGCUACUA